AAUACAACUCACUAUUUUUGCUGUUUCAACCCUCCUCGUACAUUUAUUGCCAGCAUCAUCUCAGCCUGAUUUUAACAUUCAUUUAUUUUUCUUGCAUUGAAUGCAUUUGAAAAAAGACCCUUCAUUUUCUUGACAAACACAAGAUUAUGAUGUUAUGAUGUCAUAGCUGUUUAAAUAAAAAAAGAUGACUACUAAGACAGCUAUAAAAUUAUGACAGUUAAAUCUGCCUUUGUUUGUUUCUAAUAAAUCUCUCAGGGAACUGGACCACGCAAUGCUGAGGAGGUUAGAGAAGCGGAUUCUAGUGAGUCUUCCCUCUUCACAAGCUCGACAAGCCAUGAUUUCUCAUUGGCUGCCUCCUCUCAGCUGCACAGGAGGGAUGGAGCUACGCACUGUGCUAGACUACGAAGCACUGGCAAAAGAGAUGGAGGGCUACUCUGGCUCAGAUAUAAGAUUGGCAUGUAAGGAAGCUACCAUGAGACCAGUUCGAAAGAUCUUUGAUGCUCUGGAGUCGCAUCAGGAUGAUGACACAGACAUGCCCGCCAUCCAACUGGAAACUGUAACAACAGCUGAUUUCCUGAAUGUGAUUGAACACACCAAACCCUCAGCACGAAACCUGAUGGACAGAUACACAGCCUGGGAGAGAGAGUACCAAUCUGUCUGACGCUAGUACACAUAACAUGAAUGCAAAGACUGUCAUACUAACGCAAUAAAAGUGAUGAUAACUUGUU